AUGACUACAAGUGCAGCUGAUAGAAAAGAGUUUAAAUCAGCAAUUUGUAUUGCCCCGCCUAUAGAGUUGUGCAAUCAAGUCCAACAGUGGCGACAAAAUCAUGAUGCCGCUUUCAAUAGGUGGAUGCCACAUAUUAAUUUGAUUUUCCCAUUUGUACCAUUAGAUAUGUUUGAAUCAAAGUUGCCUCAACUUCAAGAGGCAGUAGGUAGAGUACCUGCUUUCAAAAUCAAAUUCAAUGAGUUCUCUUACUUUGAACAUGGUAAGAAGUGUGUACUCUGGUUGGCGCCGGAAACCGACCGUCCCUUUGCUAUUCAUGAAUUGCAAUCCGCUCUCACCGGAGCAUUACCAGGUUUCAAUGAGUUGUCCGAUCGUGGAUUCACUCCGCACAUGACCAUCGGUCAAUUCGGUACAUUGAAGGAAACUCAAUCAAAGAUCUCACAAUUCAAAGCGGUUUUGACUCCAAUCGAAUUCAUGGUCACCGAAAUACCAAUGAUAAAUCGUGUUGGUGAUACACCAUUCGUAGUUAUCAAUACUUUGAAACUUGGUCCACCAAAUUAA